AUGGAGAUUUCAAAGCGGAACCUUUUCACCAAGGGUGAUAUUCUUCCUAUAUUGCUUCUUCUAACCAUGAGAAUGCUGACUGUGGCAUUUAUGAUGAUAUCAGAUUGUGAUGAGGUAUUUAACUACUGGGAACCUUUAAAUUUCCUACUAAGAGGAUUUGGUAAACAAACAUGGGAGUACUCACCAGAAUACUCUAUUCGAUCAUGGGCAUAUCUUUUACCUUACUAUUGUCUUGUUGUUCCAUUUUUCAAACUUUCUGAAUUCUUAAACAAUACCAAUAAUAUGUUAUCCAUGGCCCCUUACAUCGGAUUUUAUGUGGUAAGGUUUUCUUUGGGCACAAUGGUUCUCGUUGGUGAGCUUAGAUUAUUUUAUAAACUAAAAUCACACUUUGCUUUUAGCAGUUUGGCUUACUGGUUCUUAUUUUUCAGUAGCGUCAGUACAGGAAUGACACAUGGUGCUGUUGCUUUACUUCCUUCAUCUUUUGCUCUAUGCUGUAACAUUUAUGCAAUUUCUGCUAUCUUGGAUUUUUAUUUCACCCAGAGAAUGAGAUAUGCUUUUGGUGCCAUCUUUUGGUAUAGUUUGGCUGGGUUAUUAGGAUGGCCAUUCAGUUUGGCACUUGCGUUGCCGUUAAUUUUCUAUACUUUGGGAAAAUGCUUGCUAAGUAACAAAUCAGUGACACAUGCUUUAAAAUUCAUUUUGGGUAGCGCAGGGAUAGCUGGCUCUAUUCUUGUUGUUAUUGUCACUAUUGAUUCCACUCUUUACAGUAAAAUUUCAGUUGUACCAUUGAAUAUCUUUCUCUACAAUGUUCUUUUUGCAGAUGAGAAAUCGGGUCCUAAUAUUUUUGGUACUGAACCAUUCAGUUACUACCUAUUAAAUUUGGCAUUGAAUUUCAACUUAAUUUUCUUUUUGGCUUUCAUGGGUCUCAGUUUUUCUCCAAUAUUACAACAUUGGAACAAUACUUUGUCGAGCUCUAUAAAAUCAAAAAUUUCAGAUAAACAUGUUUCUGCAACUCGUGAAUUGCAUUCGUCUUUGAUUUGUCUUUUACUUCUCCCUAUGCUAAUUUGGUGUGUCAUCUUUGGACUUCAGCCACAUAAAGAAGAAAGAUUUUUGUACCCAAUUUAUCCAAUUAUCAACCUUUCGGCCGCCAUUCUAUUGUUUGAAGUUGAUGCUCUGAUUAGCGGUGUGAGUAAGCUCUAUUCCACCUCCAAAAUUAUUAGAUUUCUAUGCGAUAUUGUGCUCAUCGUUGUGAUCUUUGUUAUUUCUAUAUCGAGAAGCAUACAUCUAUUUAAAGGCUACUCUGCACCAUUGCAUGUAUAUAGCUACCUUCCAGAAAAUGCCUCUGGUAAUGUGUGUGUUGGUCGUGAGUGGUACCGUUACCCAUCUUCUUUUUUCUUGCCGAACGAAAACACAAGACUCGCUUUUGUUAAGUCUGGUUUUAAUGGCUUGUUACCUGGUGACUUUAAAGAGAAUGCUGGCUUAGUAGAAUCAAUUUCAAGCUAUCCAGAGGGUAUGAACAAUCAGAAUUUGUUCGAUGCUGGGAAAUUGGUUGAUUUUGAGACCUGUGCCUACUAUGUUGACAUUGAUGAAGAUGUCGAUAUUGAGGUUGGUGAAACUAGAUUACUCAAGAAUAGUGAUGCAGGAUUACAAUCUGCUGAUGAAGCAUGGGAAAUACUCCACUGUGAGAAAUUUAUUAAUAGCGAAAAAAGCUCAGGAAUCGGGAGAUUGUUAUAUUUUCCAGAUUUCCUUCACAAAUACAUCAAGACUGAUUUACAUUAUCACAACUAUUGCUUGUUGGCUAAGAAAGAUUUAGUGGAGCAAUAA